AUAUCUCUGUGGAGUGCGACAUGGAGAGGAACAGAAUGGCCGUGACCUUGACGUUCGAGCGAGACUUUGACGGCAUCCUGUACACGAAGGGUUUCUUCAAGAUUGACGAAUGCCGCCACACGGCGCCACCGUCUCGAUUCCAGAGGUUCGACAUUUCGCUGGACAAGUGUGGCAUGCAGCAGAAAUCAUCGACGGACAACUUUGGCGGCACGUCUUCCUUUGCCAACACCGUUGUCGUCAUGAAUGAGCUGGAGUGGGGAGUCCUGGAAAUGUGGGACAAGGCAUACCGAGUCACGUGCGACUUCGGCGGGGACAGAGCUAACACCGUGGACUACGGCCUCCAAGUUCCCAAUCUGGAUACGGAGAAUGUCGCUGGACUGAUGGCGAUGCCAUCUUGCCGCAUGAAGGUUGUCAGUGGAGACAACCCAAUGCUGCCAGGCACUAACGAUCUCUUCUUGGGCGACAUUGCAACACUAGUAAUCUACAUCCAGGAAAGCAGUAAGUAUAUAGCAUGCAGUUAAGCGCGACACACAUAC